GUGACUACGCGCUACGCCUCUAUGACCGGUUGGUUAUACGAAGUCUCGAAUUUCGAAAAUCUUGUAAUAAUAUUCUCUUCGUUAUAAAUACAAAACUGUUAAUAGCUUUCGUAUCGCUAACAAUUAAUUAUUGUGUAAUUUGGGAUGCAAUUGCUGUGCUCGGAAAAGAUUUAUUGCAACAGAUUGAGCGAAGAUGAGGCUGACUAAACAGAGGAGCAAUCUACAUCUAACGUUCGAGCUGAUGACUUCAGUCAAGUAAUCCUUGAAGCAUUGGAGCAGAAAUGGGGUGUAAGCUAGCAUGCGUGGUGGCGGCGCUGGCUCUGCAAGUAAUUGCAGAAGCUCGGCUGAUGUGUCCGAGUGACCCUAACUGCGUUUGCGGCGGCACACUGGCCGUGGAACUCAAUUGCAACAUCGACGGACGCACGGUAGAAAUAAAUUUACUACCAAACACAUACAUAAAUAUUAAGUGCAUAAAUGCAACUAGUCUUGACUACAGCAAAUUACCAAUAUGUGCCAAUCACAUGAAUACUUUCAAGUCAGUCAGUUUCAAAGACUGUCCAUUGCCAUCAACCUCUUUCAAAGAAGUCUUGUCGAAUAUCGGAGUCUCAAAGACAAUGGCACUGAUAUUCCAAAACGCGAAAAAUCUAUCUGGAUAUUUUGACAGGAAACAUUUUGCGGGACUGGAAAAUUUAACAAAAUUACUACUAUCAGUGAACGGUAUGACGCAUUUACCAGACAAUCUUUUUAUGGACAUAAAUAAGCUCACAUGGCUGAAUAUACGGUCGAAUAGCAUUAAUCUAUCAGAAGAAUUAUUCAAGCCGCUGGAAAGGCUAGAAACUUUAGAAAUAAGUCACAAUCAUUUGACCAAUAUAUCUUCAAACUUAUUUUCUCAUUUAUCGUUUCUGAGAAAACUCUCGUUAUGGCAAAGCAACGUUACAUGGUUUUCCAAAGACUUUUUUACUGGAGUUGACGUACUGGAAGAAUUAGACCUGAGUUCCAAUGGACUCAACGAGCUGCCUUCUUCAAUAUUCAAGCCUCUGAAAAAGUUGAAAAAGCUUACUUUGUUUUCUAAUAAAUUUUCAUCGCUUCCACAAAAUUUGUUUAAAAGCAAUGAUGAGUUGGAAACUGUCGUUAUUUUGAACAAUGACGUUGAGUUGAGGGAACUUCCUAAGAAUUUGUUUGGCAGUUUGUCGAACUUAAAACAAAUAUACAUACAGAGAUGUGGCUUGGAGAAAAUACCUUACGAUGUGUUUGCAAAUUCAGCCCAGAUCACGAACAUAUCACUAGCGUACAAUGAGAUCAGGAGCCUCCCGGAGUCGACCUUCAACGACCAAAUCAAUUUAUUAGAGCUUGAUCUGAGCCAUAACAACCUUAAAAGCUUGGAACCGAAACUGUUUUCGUCGUUAGUUCGAUUAGAGAAGCUUGACCUGUGCUACAACUAUUUGGUGAAAAUAUCCGGGACUACAUUUUCACCGCUUCUGAGCUUAUUAGAUCUAAACAUGGAACACAACAAAUUGAAAACCGUCUCCUCGUAUUUGUUUAGUAACAAUAGACAAAGAAUGUAUGUGUCUCUAGCGUACAAUCAACUGAGCUUCGAGAACAAAGUAGUUCAGAAUAAUUCUUGGAUAGUGACUAGAGUUUCUCCAUUUGCUCAUACAUACAAUUUGAGGUUAUUGAAUUUGAGCCACAAUAAAUUUACACAUACAUUUGAAGAUUGGUGGAUCAAUGGCCAUGAUAUUUUGGAUAUAAGCUACAAUUCUAUAUCUUAUUUAUGGGAUAACGAAAAUUCUACAGAUAAAUUCGAAUACAAACGUAUAUUCAAGAAGCCUUUGAAAGAGAUAUGGAUUUCGCACAAUACCUUUCAGUGCAGAUGCAUGAAUAAUGAGUUUAUUGAUUUUCUUCAAGAUAAAAUGAAGACAAAGGUUAAUGAUUUGGCAGAUUUGGACUGUCCAUUCUGGGCUAACGGAACAUGCAACGUUAGAAUUAUCAUGAUGGUUGUAAUUGUAUUGGUAUUUGCUAUCUUCCUUACCAUACUUGUCAUACUUUAUAUUGACCUUCGAAAAUAUCUGUACUCUACGUUAAAGAAAACAUUUUACAACUUGGCGAACCAAAAUUCAAAUAAUAAUAACAAGCGAGGAAUUGUCGUCCAAUAUUCGGAUAAAGAUGAGGAAUUCGUCUUUAAAGAGGUAUUACCCGGCAUGAGACAUCACCUGGAUCUACAAAUACACACAAACCCUGUCAAUAGCUCCGAUGGUAAACAGAACUUUGCGACCCCUGUCAGAGCGAUGUGCACAACGCUUGUCAUAUUCUCCCCCAACUACUUAACGUCGAACUACAGUCACGUGAAUAUAAAGAAGAUUCGAGGUGAAAUGUUGAAGGCGAAAAACACAAUUUACCUAUUCGUCGACAUUGGUCCGGAAAACUCAAUAUACGCUUUCUUAAAGGAACAGCGCGAUCCAAAGACGACGGUGUUGUGGUGUGGACAAGAUUUCUGGAACACAUUCUUAGCGACUCUCGCACACGGAAAUCAUAAGGAGAGAAUCUUUCGAGUGAACAAGAUUGUUAAAAUUACUAAGAUGAAACUGGCCACGAGCAAGGUUUCUCGACCACCGGAAUCUGCUAACAUUUACGCUUUAGAUGGAUUACCGCACAUGCAAGUUUAGUUGCUAUCUCGUAUGUAAUUUAGUGAGGUAAAGACUGACUUCUCUACAAUCACAACAAUCUCACUCAUCCCAGUUUCAGAACCAUAGUCAUCAGUGAUUUCUUCGUGUAUAAUAGAUAGGUAGGAUUUCACUGUUAUUGUUAAGUCAUCAAGGAAAUACUUGUGUAGGUAAAGAAUUUUUACAAAAGUAUUUUAUCACGUGUAAAGAUGAUUAAUUAAGUGAAUGUUUGGAUUACUAUGGUGAAUAAAAUAAUCGUUGUUUUGUGGGUAAUUCAUUAAUGUUUUACUACAUACUCUUUUGUGUACUUCAAAGAAGUCCGUAUUCUAAUAUUAUCUUUUAAAGUUAAUGUGAACAUUCGAUCUGUCUCAGUUAUUAAAUGUACAUACCGUAUAGGAUCUAAAAAGAAAAUUGUUUCGAGGAAACUGCUAUUGUUAAGAGUUGUAAACUACAGCUUGUAA